AUGAUUUCAUUUAUUAAACCAUUGUCGUAUCCUGGAAAACCGUUUGAAGUACUAUGUAUUUUUGAUUACGGAGGUUAUACUACAAUUCAUAAACGUGAAUUUCUCCCUGGCUGUACAGAUUUUAACAGAAACUGGAAAGAUUAUCGUAAUGGAUUUGGUAGUAUGCACACCUGUUUUUGGCUAGGUCUGGACAAAAUAUAUCAUGUCCUUCAAAAUAAUGGUGUAAAUGAUUUUAGAAUGGACAUUCAUUUAAAAAAUGAUAAGGGGAAAACUUGUCAGACGGAUAUCAAUCUAUUCAAUAUGGGAAAUGAAAAGACCAAUUAUACAGUAAAGAUUCAUUCUGUGAAUAUAGUUAAAGACCCCUGGUGUGACGGCAUGUUUACCAGUCUUGAACCCGACGACCAACCAUUUACCACAUAUGAUCACAACUCUGGUAAUACAGACUGUAUAAACCAUGAAGGGUCUGGAUGGUGGUUUGCUGACGAUACCGAAUGUUCUUAUUCCAAUCUGAACGCAAAGGCUACCAAUGGGAAUAUUAUCAUCAAGACUAACAAUGGAUUUGUCCAUAUUUGGAGUGCCAUAAUGCAAAUCCGGUCAUAG